AUGCUCUUUACCCAAACCCAUUCCAGACCCUAAUUUCAAAUAAGAACUGAAAACCCUCACCCACCCUAAACCCCCUUCUUCCAAAUUCCCAAUUUCUUCUGCCGUUCGAUUUCAGACUCUUCAUUCGGGAUUUGCCAUAGCGAUUCCUUGGUUCUCAUUCAUUCGUUGCGUGCUCGUUCGGCUGUUCUAGUCGUUCCAGUGAAGAGUUCCGUUUCAGUCAUACAACCUUGCAUGAGAAUUGAUGGCGCCAAUCCUGCAGAGCUCUCAGCCAUGGGUCGAGAAAUACCGGCCAAAGCAAGUGAAAGAUGUUGCCCACCAAGAUGAAGUUGUUCGAGUACUAACAAACACCCUUGAAACUGGAAGUUGCCCCCACAUGCUCUUCUAUGGUCCUCCUGGCACGGGAAAAACAACUACUGCCCUUGCUAUCGCCCAUCAGCUUUUCGGUCCUGAGCUAUAUAAGUCUAGGGUGCUGGAGUUGAAUGCAAGUGACGAUAGAGGGAUUAAUGUUGUUCGAACAAAGAUAAAAGAUUUUGCUGCUGUUGCUGUUGGUACUAAUCAGUGUAAAAAUGGUUAUCCUUGUCCACCAUUUAAGAUUAUUGUUCUAGACGAGGCAGAUUCAAUGACUGAAGAUGCUCAGAAUGCCCUGAGGCGUACAAUGGAAACUUACUCUAAAGUUACAAGGUUCUUUUUUAUAUGCAACUAUGUUAGCAGGAUUAUAGAACCACUUGCUUCAAGGUGUGCAAAAUUCAGGUUCAAACCAUUAUCAGAAGAAAUCAUGAGCAGCCGGAUAUUAUACAUCUCCCAAGAAGAGGGACUCUGUCUUGAUGCUGAGGCUCUUUCAACCCUGAGUUUUAUUUCUCAUGGAGAUCUUCGCCGGGCAAUCACAUACUUGCAGUCUGCAGCUCGCUUAUUUGGAUCUUCAAUUUCUUCAGAGAAUCUGAUUUCUGUGUCUGGGGUUGUUCCGGCAAAGGUUGUGGAGGCACUUCUUAAAGCUUGCAAAAGUGGUAAUUUUGAUUUGGCAAACAAGGAAGUCAACAAUUUCAUUGCAGAGGGAUAUCCAGCUUCUCAGAUGCUUACUCAGUUAUUUGAGGCCAUUGUUGAAGAAAAUGACUUAUCUGAUGAACAGAAAGCAAGAAUAUCAAAGAAGCUGGGUGAAGCUGAUAAGUGCUUAGUUGACGGUGCUGAUGAAUACUUGCAACUUCUUGAUGCGGUCAGCAAUACGAUUAAAGCUUUUCACAGCUUGCCAGAAGCAUUUGCUUACGAAUGUUAGAUAUUGGAUAAAUGUAAAGAAAAAGAAUCACGUGUAAUUCUGUAUCACAAAAUCAGAUUUGAUUACGUUUUUAACUUGCUUUAUGUAGAAGUGGAUUUUGAAGGAUUCAUCCAGCUUGGGUAAUUGUACUCAAGUAAAUGGCCCCGUAGCAAGCAAUUGGAUAACUGGCAUAGGACAUUCCUGCGUACAAAAUUGACGCUUCUUCGGAUUAAGUGAAGAGUAUAUAACGGAACGAACAAUUUUACUGUUUUUGCACUCAUAUAAAGCAGUUAAGCACUCCUUUCAUCUCAA